UGAUGGCCAAUCUAGAGCUAAUGCUGGAAUGCUGCGCACUGCAUCAUGACUUCAUGUUGCAAGACAGGCACAUUUGGCCCCCAUACUUCACGCUGUCAGCUGUGGUGGGGGCUACUUGAGCGUCGCGCCCCCCGCAGUUCAUCCCUCAUCGUCCCGGAAGCUUACAAAACAUCGCGCAACGGCGAACAGCGACUCCUCAAUGGCACUUGACAGUCUGGAAGCAAAAUUCGAAGAGUGCGCAUUGAAAGAACCCGAUGAAGCCUGCGAUAGCGCAAAUACCACAUCACCCUAUGGCGAGCGACUUCUGCAGCCUGAUGAAAUUCGACUUCUCUCCAUCCAUCGCGGCAGCGAUGGUUUGCGGUUGAGCGUUGCGCCACACAAGUUUCAAGACGAUCUCGAAUAUGACGCAGUCUCAUAUGUUUGGGGGACAGCAAAAGCUUCUGUCAACGUUCCAUGCAAUGGGAAGAACCUUACAGUUACUCCUACUGUUUUCGAGAUGCUUCAGUACCUAGACCCGAACCGCUUGUAUUGGCUGGACUCGAUAUGCAUCAAUCAGCAAGACUCCGAAGAGAAGGCGGUACAGAUACCGUUGAUGCAUCGGAUCUACGCCCUCGCUGCGUUCGUCGUUAUAUGGAUGGGUCUUCCCACAGCGCAAAGCGAGAAAUUCAUGCUCGGGUUUUCCAACGCAUUGAAAAACAUGAGGGAGUGGAAUUCCAUGGUCAAUCAUGAUCAGAACAGUGAACCUUGGAUUCAAAAACCAGAUCUCUUUGUCAACGACGAGCAUUUCUGGCAUGGUAUGCUGCAACUUUGCACGCACGAGUGGUUCAAACGUUUAUGGACUUUCCAGGAGGCGGUUCUUGCAAAAGAACCCAUUAUGCUGCUCGGACCUUUGUGGCUUAGGUUUGAAGAAUUUCUUGAUUUCACUAUUCAAGGGUAUUUUAGUACGGUACCAUACAUGGCCCCUCUUCUGCAGUUUCUGAAUAUCGUUGGCAGUUUUGGAUCAUCUUUCGAAGAUUUCUUGACCUUAAGGAGAUACCGCGAGGACGUUGUGUCAACCGGAGCGGUACUCAUCCACAAUAUACCCUACCUUCUCUAUAAGCUACGCAACCGACAUGUAAAGGAGCCAGUGGAUCGAGCCUGGGCAAUCAUCGGAUUGUUGAGCGAUCAUCUUAGAUCAGAAUUGAACCCAGGAGUUGAUUACAGCGACAAAGCUCGGGCUAACUUUUGGGAAACGCACAUGCGGUUCGCGAGGACGAUCAUAGUCGCAGAACAAACGCUGUGUCUACUGAAAAUUCCGCCUACAAUUGGAGAGAGGCUGCAAUCAUCUCCGUCUUGGUGCCCCGCGCUGGAGGGUGUUCCAGCAUGCUUGCUCUUGAUAGAAGGUGCUUGGACCAUCCGUGUAAGCGGACAGGAAUACGAAAUACUUCUGCAAGAAACCAUAGAAGAAGGGGAUCAAACGCAACACUUUAUUGACCCGGGACCACUAUCAAUACAAUAUGAAUCUCGCAGAUCUAUCUCCACGAGGGAGGGAAAUGACUGCCUCUACACUUGCGGUCAUGUUUUGGAUACAAUAUCAGAGGUCGUGGAGGACCAUGAGCUUCGAGGAUGUCACGACUACAUAUACAACCCACAUAUGACGCGCGAUAUAAGCAAUCCUGUACAUGCGGCAAACGUGGAUGUUUAUACCCGUAGUCUCCUCCUGGCUCGUCAAACAGCUCACGAUGCAGAAGAAGAUAUCGACAGUAUACCUUCAGAGUAUCUAAUGACUCUACUGAUGGACACGAGGAUCUCCAGGGAAGCAGUGAAGGCUUACGAGAACGGGUGGAAUAUCUUUAGAGAUGGAGAUAUCAGAUUUCAUGGUGAACUCCCAGCUGAGCGGAAAAUGCGGGCGAUGCUCUGGGCAGAGAGAUUGGAUAUUAUAACCGGCCAUUCCUUCUUCAGUACCACUGGAGGCCGCUUCGGUAUCGCCACGCCAGGAUGCAAGCCCGGUGACAAAGUCUGUGUCUUCUACAGCGAGCUCCCCCUUCAUAUACUACGAUGGCCAGAACCCGAGCACGAAACCGGCGCGCUCCAUGGAGAAGGUCCUGCUGAGUUCUGCGGCGUUGCAUUCAUUCCACACCUUAUGAAGCCGCAUGAGCAAGAAGCAGCUCGACUUGGACCAGACGAGAUCUUCGUUGUUGGAUGACAAGUCUGGAGGCAACACAAAAUUCGAAUAGUGUGUAGCCGUGCGUGGAAACUUCGUGUGUGGAUUACACCACGUUCUGAGAUAUUCUU